AUGCCUUCUCAUUUUGACACGCUUCAGUUGCACGCUGGCCAGGAGGUCGAGAAACCUCACGGCGCCAGAGCACCCCCUAUCUACGCCACAACCUCCUACGUCUUUGACGACUCUAAGCAUGGAGCCCAGUUGUUCGGUCUCGAGACCCCCGGCUACAUCUACUCUCGUAUCAUGAACCCUACCAACGAUGUUUUCGAAAAGAGAAUUGCUGCGUUGGAGGGUGGUAUUGCCGCUUUGGCAGUGGCCUCUGGCCAGGCUGCCCAGUUCAUCACCAUUGGCGGUUUGGCCCAUGCUGGUGACAAUAUCGUCUCCACCUCGUACUUGUACGGUGGCACCUACAACCAGUUCAAGGUUGCUUUCAAGCGUUUGGGCAUUGAGACGCGGUUCGACUUUGCCAAGUUGAUUGACGACAAGACCAAGGCUAUCUACGUCGAGUCGAUCGGUAACCCCAAGUACAAUGUUCCUGACUUUGAAAAGAUCAUUAAGAUCGCCCAUGACAACGGCGUGCCUGUCGUGGUGGACAACACCUUUGGCGCUGGCGGCUAUUUGGUGAGUCCCAUCAAGUUGGGUGCUGACAUUGUGGUGCACUCCGCUACCAAGUGGAUUGGCGGACACGGUACCACCAUUGGCGGUGUCAUUGUCGACUCCGGUAAGUUCCCUUGGAAGCAGUAUCCCGAGAAGUUUCCUCAAUUCUCCAAACCCAGCGAGGGCUACCACGGUUUGGUGUUGAACGACGCCUUGGGCGAGGCUGCCUUCAUUGGCCACGCCAGAAUUGAGUUGUUGAGAGACUUGGGUCCAGCUUUGAACCCAUUCGGCUCCUUCCUUUUGCUCCAGGGCUUGGAGACAUUGUCCUUGCGUAUCGAGAGACAGUCCCAGAACGCCUUGAAGCUUUCGCAGUGGUUGGAGAAGUCUCCUCACGUCAAGUGGGUCUCCUACGUUGGCUUGCCUUCCCACGAGAGCCACGAGUUGGCCAAGAAGUACUUUAACACCGAGCACUACGGUGGUGUUUUGGCCUUGGGUGUCAAGGACUUGGACAAGAAGGUCGAGGACCCAUUCCAGGAGGCAGCCGCCCAGGUUGUGGACAACUUGGAGGUCGCUUCUAACUUGGCCAAUGUUGGUGACUCCAAGACUUUGGUGAUUGCUCCAUACUACACUACUCAUCAGCAAUUGAGCGAGGAGGAGAAGGCCAGCUCUGGUGUCACCAAGGAAUUGAUCAGAGUCUCGAUCGGUACCGAGUUCAUUGACGAUAUAAUUGCCGACUUUGAACAGUCGUUCAAGAAGGUGUACGGUUAG